AUGGCGGACGCCAAUCUCAAAGUCGGUCAGCUCAUUGAGCUCAAUGACGGCCGCAUCGGCAUGAUCCGCUUCAUCGGCGACACCGCUUUUGCCGAGGGACUCUGGGUCGGCGUCGAGUUCGACGAUGCUUCCGGCAAGAACGAUGGCUCGGUGCAGGGAAUGCGGUAUUUCGAUUCGAAACCCGGCCAUGGCAUGUUUUUGCGGCCCAUGGGCGUGGCCCGCAUCGUGGAGGAGCCAAAGCCAAAGGCCCCUGCUAGGCCUGCUGCUGCGAGACCCGGGGCUCCCGGUGCUGUAGCUAGGAGGGCUACUGGCACUGGCUCAGUAGAUCACGGUAAAGGAAGGCCGACAAGCAUGACGGCCGAGGCUUCAACCCCCCGGCCGAGGCUUGGAAGCAGACCGUCCAGCAUCGACACGAAAAGCCCUGCGGCUGGCACAAGAAUCGGAUCUCCCACCAAAAGACCUGCCGCCGGCUCAAUUUCUCGCCCGCGUCCAAGCAUAAGCAGCGCAGCGACAGGCCCACCAAGACGUACGUCCACAACCUCGACCGGUGGCGCCAAGUCGGCUCCGGCCGUCACGCCUGCCGCUGCCAAACACACUUCCAGGCCGUCGCUUGGCGGCGCCCGGAGUGGCUUGACCAAACCCGGUGAAGCCCCUCCGGCCAGAACCGCGCCGGGCCGUCAGUCUCUCAGCGUUACCAAAUCGCGGGUCACGAGCCCUCCAUCGUCCAGCAGAGCCUCUGCCUCACCCUCUGCGCCAGUAGCCCAAAGAAGCGUGAGCGCGGUGCAGAAGGACGCUGAGAUCAAGGAGCUUCAAACGAAACUACGAGUCUUGGAAGAGAAACGUGCUGAGGAUAGGGAGAAGAUUGCAACGCUGGACAGGGUGCAAGAAGAACGGAACAAAUAUGAGCAGAUCAUUCAGAAGCUGCAGGCGAAGAUCCAGCCGCUCGCGCAGGAGAACAAUGAGCUCAAGAAGAACUCGAAGGAGGCGGAAUUGAGGCUUGAGCAGGUCGAAGCCAUCCAGGCUGAACACGAGUCAAUCUUGGAGAUGGCCACCCUGGACCGUGAAAUGGCUGAAGAGCAGACAGAGGCGUACAAGGCUGAUCUGGAGGCCGUCAAGCAGCGUCUUGAGGAGCUAGAGCUGGAGAACGAGAUCCUAAAGGACGAAAACCAAGAGCUUGGACAAGAUAUGAACCCUGAGGAAAGGACUAGCAUGGGAUGGCUUCAGCUGGAACGCGAGAACGAGAGGCUGCGUGAGGCUCUCUUGCGCCUGCGUGAUAUCACCCAGGAGUCGGAAUCGGAGCUGCGCGACCAGCUCAAGAGUCUGGAGGAAGACAACCAAGAGCUUUCGGGCGUGAAGGAGCAGUGCGAUGAGACCAAGACGAAGCUGUUGGAGGCAGAGGCUGACAUUGAGGAUCUGCGGCAACAGCUCGACGCUGCUCUUGGCGCCGAGGAGAUGAUCGAAGAGCUGACCGAUAAGAAUCUUGCUCUGAACGAGUACAUUGAGCAGCUAAAGGUCUCGAUCGAAGAGCUCGAGACGCUUAAGGAGCUCAACGACGAACUCGAGGUCAACCACGUGGAGAACGAGAAGCAACUCCAAGAACAGAUCGACUUCAAGGACGCCAUUAUUGCGGAUUUGGGUCGCCGUGCUAUGCAGCAAGAUGAGACUCUUUCGGACCAAGAAUACACGAUUCUCCGCUUCCGCGAGCUCGUCACGAACUUGCAGUCUGACAUGGAAGACAUGAGAGCUUCCAGGGAGAUCAGCGAGACUCAGGCACAGGAUCUCAACAAUCGGUCGAGAGCGAUGAUGGAUCUCAAUAGACAACUGCAAGCUUCCGCUUCUAGCACCAAGAUGAAGACCAUCGACAUGGAACUCCGGAAACUCGAAGCCCAGGAAGCCGCUGAACAUCUUUCGAUUGUCCAGCUGUUCCUUCCGGAAGCCUUCCAUUCGGAGAGAGAGUCUGUUCUGGCGCUACUCCGCUUCAAGAGAAUUGGUUUCAAGGCAUCGCUCGUGCACAGCUUUGUCAAGGACAAGGUCUCUGGAGAUGCACCCAUCAACGAUGAGGAUAUCUUCGAGGCCUGCGAUGUCCUCGACAAGCUCACCUGGAUCUCAGCUAUGUGCGACAGAUUUGUUACAGCCAUCUCAACUUGCUCGUUGGAUCAGUUCGCCAGAUUCGAGGGCACGCUGUAUGAGCUUGAGCCAGUUGAGCGCGCUCUCAACGGUCACAUUGAUGGCCUGAAGAGAGACGAGCUUAAGGAAAAACAGGUUGCGGAGGAGCUUCAUCGGUCAAUUGCUGUCAUGGCUCACCUUGCUGAAACUCACCUUGGUGAUGGCCUUGAGGGCUAUGCCAACGACAUUGUCAUGCGCACUCUGCUCAUGCAAAGCCAUCUGGAGACCACCGCCGCUGCUCUCAUGCUCGUAAAGGGAGAAGUCCAAACCCGAGUCCCAUCGCAGGGCGAGGACGACUAUGAUGGCGUCGAUCGCUUCAUUUCUAAAACAGAGGAAAUCAUCGCGCAGUCUCGCAGUGCGAAGGUUAUUGUUGGGAAGGCGCUUCGGACCUUGCAAGAGCUCAAGGCUCGUUCGCUUACAUUGCAGAACGACACUCUCAACUCGUUUGAAGAGUGUCAAGAUGCGUCUGACGACCUUGCACACUAUGUCCGGAAGAUGGGCGAGAACGUGUUUCAGCUUCUGCAUGAAGAUAGCCGCACGGAACCUUUCGCUAUCAACGAGGUCCGCAGCGCCAUGUUCAGGGCCUCUGAGGAAGUGUUCUCUGUUUCCGAAUCUGAGAUGUAUGCAACCUUUGCGGCCAGGCUUCGCAAACUCAGCGAGGAUCUUACCGAGCUUGUCAACAUCACGUCUGACCUUGAGCUCACCGUCGAGUUCGAGAAGCACCCUGCACCCUGGGUCCUGCGGUCCAAGGAGCUUCAGGAUAGCAAGAUUGUGUCGGUGGACACGGAAGAAGAAAUCCGCCGGCUCAAGGAAGAAGUGCACGCGCGGUCCAUGCAGGUCAAACUGCAGGAGCAGAAGCAAGAGGAGUCAGCCGUCAAGAUCGAGCUUCUCGAAAGCCGCACGCGCGACUCAUCCAAGAAAGCACAGCGCAUCACCGAACUCGAGAAGAAGCUCGAGGAAAACAAAGCCCGGGAGAAGCAGCUCGCCGAAGCACUCGAGACCCAGGUGCGCGAUCUUGCCGGGCUCGAGACGGAGAAGGAGAAGUGGAAGGCGCAGGCCGAGCAGGCAAAGGCCAUCGAGGCGGCCAUGGGCGGCGAAGGCAAGCGCGACUCUGGAGGCGAGAAGACGGUCGCUACCAAGCGCGAGAUCGAUGCGCUCAAGACGGACAUCCAGUACCUGGAGGCUGCGAACAGGUAUCUGCGCCAGUCGAACCGCCGCGAGCACAUCGGCAAGGUGGCGACCAACACGUCAUGGUUGCGCAACACGCUCGUGCCGCCGAGCAAGGUGGCAGCGUCGGCGGCGGAUGGCGGUGCGCAGAAUGCGGAUGCCAUGCCCAGACGCAGGCUCGCGGCACUGCAGGAGAUCACGAACCUGCCGACUGUUUCGAAGCUGGUGAACUUGAAGGACACUGGGGACGCGGAGGAGGAAGGCGGUGCCGUAGAGAAUGUUGGUGAGAACGCUCGGCCAAGGAACAGUAAGCUCCGGUGGAGGCCGAUGAAGAGCACGCCGCAGUGGCAGCUCAGCGAGCAGGAGCUCAGGAGGGCAGAGGCGUGGGAAGCGCUGUGGGGCGGGAAGGGUAUGGGAGGAUUCUACGAAGAUGGAGGUAUGGAUACGCCGUGGAGUCCUUCGCCAAAGCCGCUGCUCCAUAGGGCGAUCAAGACCCUCCAAACUAGCGCGCACGGGCCACGACUUUUGCUUAUCGAUACGAAACUUUUCAUCGGCACUGAAUUGCCUCUGGCUGCCACCACCGCUUCCUCCGCACGCCUCGUCGCGAAGAGCAAGAUGAGUCUGAACGAGAGGCUCGACAAGAUCCGCUCCUCGCCGAAGCUGCAAAACCAGCAGCAGACGGCGGUGGUUCUCUCCGCGGUCGAAGACACGCUCCGCGACCAGAAGUCCGACUUCACGCCCACCGCCUACUUCGCUGCGCUUCUGUCGCUGCUUGCCCAGUACAUCUCGCCUCAGAAGGGAAUUGUCAACAAGGAGGUAGCCACCGCCGUCGUCUACCUGCUCGACCUCGUUGCGCCUGAUGUGCCCGCCCCGCUGCUGCGCGCGAAAUUCUCGCAGAUCCUGACCAACCUCGCGCCCGCCCUGACACACCCGGAGGCGGAGGCCCCGCUGCUACGCUCGUCGAUCGGAUGCUUAGAGGGUUUGCUGGUCGUGCAGGACGCCCAGGCCUGGGCCCUGCCGCAGACCCAGAUCAGUCCGCGCCGCGCCGUCGCCGGCCUGCUUACUAUCGCAACCGACCACCGCCCCAAGGUGCGCAAGCGGGCCCAGGAUGCGCUGGCCAAGGUUCUCAAGAAUCCGCCGCCGAGCCCGUCGCUGGAUCACCCGGCGGCCGACAUGUGCGCCGAGACGGCCUUGCGCUCGCUGAAGGAGAUCACGGACGCAGUUGCCAAAAACAAGAAGCACCACCGCGCCCAGAAGGAUGGCCAGACACAUGAACCCGGUCUCAUCCAUGCUUUGCAGCUGAUCAAGGUCAUCGCAUCCGCUGCCGGAGGAUGGCCGAGCAAGAAGAUUGACGCUCUCUGCGAGCUUCUGCUGAACAUCUCAAAGUCGAGCAAUGAGUUUUUGACCAUGGCCGCCUUCGAGGUGUUCGAGGUCAUUUUCGCCGGUAUGGUCGACGAGAUGUCCUCAGCGAAACUCCCGCGCCUUCUCGAAGUCAUUGGAGAGCUCCAACCGUCACAGAAUGAUUCACAACUCCUGCCGCCGUGGAUCGCCGUGCUUUCGAGGGGUUACGACGUAGCCGCCCAGGUCGAGCCAGAGGAAACGUUUCAGAAGCUGCCCGACCUCUUUUCGAUGAUGUCAAACUUCCUCGCGUCCGCCUCGCACAACAUCCGGAUCUCGGCCUCGGAAGGAUUGAUUUCGUUUAUGGCAAACUGCAUCCCGGACAGCGUUCUGCUGGACCCCUCAAUCUUCGACGAGAAGGUUCUUGAAAAGUUGGCGAAAAAUGCGACAGAUCUACUCAGUGUCAAGUACCAGGCUGCGUGGAUGGAGGUCUUCAACGUUGUUGGCGCCAUGUUCGACGCUUUCCGCUGGAGAGCAGCGCCGAUCAUGUCAAGCGUUGUCAAGUCCGUUGGUGAUUUGAGAGGCAACGAAUCGUUUACGGGCAAGAAGGAGGCCGACGAUGUCCUCGGAAAGGCAGUUAGGGCUAUGGGUCCCGACAAUGUCCUGGAGAUUCUCCCCUUGAAUUUGCACAAGCCAGUCGCUGGUCAGCCCGGACGUGCUUGGCUUCUUCCCAUUAUCAGAGACUCGGUUGCGAACACGAGGCUGGCGCACUUCCGCGCUGAGAUGGUUCCCCUCAGCGAGGCAAUGUUCCAGAGAGUACUGAACCACGGCAGUGGAGAGAAAACCAUGGAGGUCAAGAUUUUUGAAACCAUCGUGAACCAAACUUGGGCAACUCUUCCGGGCUACUGCGACUUGCCCAUGGACCUUCAUGAGGCUUUCGAUCAGAGCUUCGCUGAAAUGAUUGCAAACCUUUUGUACCAGCAAGUUGAACUCCGGAAUGACCUUUGCCGAGCGCUGCAGAACUUGGUUGAUUCGAAUAAGGCUAUUGCGGAGAUCGAGGGCGAAGAUGACCUUGUAGCUCAAUCCAGGGUUUCCAAGGCUGACGCGCAGAAGAACUUGGACUAUCUCUCAGGCUUCGCAUCGAACAUUCUUGCCGUGCUGUUCAACGUUUACAACCAGACGCUGCCGCAGUCAAGGGGCAACAUUCUAAGCUGCAUCAACGCCUACCUCAGCGUUACUCCUGCCGCCGAACUCAUGGAAACCUUCACGCGAGUCGCUUCUAUGCUUGAGCAGUCUUUGGCCGAGGCUAGCCCACAAACCCAAGCAGACAAGCAAAAAGACAAGAAGCCUGUCGACAAGAUGCCUCCGGCAAGCCACACCUUGAUGGACCUUGUCAUUACAAUCUCGAUUUACCUGCCCCGGGAAAGCUUUGUGACACUUUUCCAGAUUGCAACGCUUAUGAUCAACAAGGAUGAUGAUCCUCAGCUGCAGAAGAAGGCUUACAAGCUCAUCCCGCGCCUUGGUGAGUCGGAGUUGGGUAAGGCUGCUCUUCAGGAGCGCAACGCAGAGCUCCAAAAAUUGCUUCUGGACAGCGCGCCCAAGGCCACCAGCCCCGCAAAGCGUGAUCGCUUGGCUGCUCUUUCUCAAGUUGUGGAAUAUCUCCCUAGCGACGACCUGCACUUUAUCCCCGCCAUUCUUUCCGAGGUCGUCAUUGGUUGUAAGGAAGUCAACGAAAAGGCGAGAACAGCAGCUUUCGACCUGUUGGUCUUCAUGGGCGUACGCAUGAAGCAGGGAGGUACGGUGGUGCAGUCGAAGAUCCCUCUAAUGGAUGAGUCUGCACCAUCCGUGCCUGCCUCCCUCGAGGAGUAUAUCACAAUGAUGUCUGCCGGUCUUGCCGGCUCAACGCCGCACAUGAUCAGCGCAUCCAUCACAGGACUCACUCGCAUCCUGUACGAAUUCCGCACGUCUCUUCCCGAUGCAGUAAUCACGGACCUCGUACAGACCAUGGACCUCUUCCUUACCUCCGCCAACCGCGAAAUGGUUCGCUCCGUUCUUGGCUUUGUCAAGGUCUCCGUCAUUUCUCUCCCUAGUACCCUAAUGCUCCCUCGCCUGAACACGCUCAUUCCCAACCUUCUGGUUUGGAGCCACGAGCACAAGGGUCACUUCAAGGCCAAGGUCAAGCACAUCUUCGAGCGCAUGAUCCGUCGCUUCGGCGUCGAGGUCGUCGAGAAAAACACGCCCGAGAGCGACCGCAAGCUCAUCACGAACAUUCGCAAGACGCACGACCGUCAAAAGCGCAAGAAGGCGGCGGCCGACGCCGGCGAAGGCGAGGAAGGCCACAAACCAGACAAGCGGCGCAGCAAGUUCGAGAGCGAGUACGACGAAGCCGUCUACGGCUCCGAGAGCGAGUCGGACGCCGGCUCGGACGUGUCGGACGACGAAACCAUGGGCCGCAAGGGAGGCAAGAAGGGCGGCAAGUCGUACAUCAUCGAGGACGAGGACGAGCCGCUCGACCUGCUCGACCGCCGCGCGCUGGGCAACGUCUCGAGCACGAAGCCGCUCAAGGGCGGCCGCGCCGCGCAGCAGAAGAAGACCAAGGCGAAGGUCGAUCUGGACGGCAAGCUGCUCCUGGGCGACUCGAGCGACGACGACGACGACGACGCCGACGACAUGAUGCUGGAUGGCGGCGACAAUCCGGGAGACGGCUCGCUCGAGGGCGGCAUCAACGCGUACGUCAGCGCCAUCCGCGGCCAGGACACGGGCGCGCGGAAGGGCAGGGGCGGCAAGAUCAAGUUCUCGAACAAGAGGAAUGGCGGCGGCGGCGGCGAUGGAGACGAGAUGGAGGUCGACGAGGAGGAGGUGGCAGAGAAGCUGAAGUCGAAGCAGCCGUUUAGGAAACCGCUUGGCGGUGGAAAGGCCGAUGGUGGUGGCGAUCGUCGUGGUGGUUUUGGUGGCCGCGGUCGUGGCGGCGGCGGCGGCGGCGGCGGCGGCGGCGGCCGUGGUGGUGGAGGGGGAGGCUUUAGGGGGACAAGGGGUGGGAGGAUAGGGAAAGAUAAUAGGGGUGGUCGGGGUGGUCGGGGUGGCAGGGGUGGAAGAGGUGGAAGGGGUGAUAGGAGAUGA